AUGUUCAAGAGGCAUAAACCCAGCGCUGCAGAGCACAAGAAGGACUUUGCUGUGCAUGGAGCCGCACUGCCGGGGCCACAGAAUGACAUGAGGUCUUUUUUCAACUUGUCUCAGCUUGUACUCUCUGCUGGCCAGCUCAGAUCACCGCCCAUACUCAGGCAUUCAAAAAUCACUUACUUUGAAGUGGAAAUCCUUGAUGCCCAAAGUAAGAGGCAGAUCUGUGUGGUGGAUAAGGUACCUCCAUCAUCCUCCCUCCUUGAUGUAAAACAUAAAUUUCACAAAACAUGUCCCCAGUGGAACCCUUCCCGUAUUGGCCUGCGACUAGAACGCAAUGGGCCCUAUUUGAAGGAUUCCGUUAGCAUUCAAAGCUUGGCAGUUUCCUCCAUCAUUACGCUGUAUUUUACAGAUCUGGGUCAGCAGGUCACUUGGACCACAGUUUUUCUGACUGAAUACAGCGGGCCUCUACUAAUCUACUUGCUCUUUUACAUUCGUCUCUCAAGUAUUUAUGCUGAAGAGGAGAGUAUGGAGAGCUUCCGCCACCCAGUAGUUCACUUGGCCUGCUUCUGUCAUUGUUUACACUAUGUCAGGCAUCUUCUGGAGACGUUAUUUGUUCACAAGAUUUCCGGAGGGCACACGCCUCUGAAAAAUAUGAUAAAGGGCUGUGCCUUUUACUGGGGAUUCACUUCUUGGAUUGCUUACUAUGUCAAUCACCCCCGAUACACUCCACCAUCAUUUGGCAACAGGCAAGUUAUUUUUGCUGCCCUCGCUUUUCUGAUGUGUGAAGCUGGAAAUCAUUUUAUCAACGUCGCUUUAGUCCAACAAAAUCACUCAGGGAAUAAAGCCUCUUUUCCAAGUCCAACUUACAACCCCUUCACAUGGCUAUUCACACUGGUUUCCUGUCCCAACUACACAUACGAGGUUGGGUCUUGGAUUAGUUUUACGGUGAUGACACAAACACUGCCAGUUGGAAUUUUUGCUUUCCUGAUGGCCAUCCAGAUGUCCCUCUGGGCCCAAAAGAAACACAGGCUCUACCUGAAGAAAUAUAAUCUGGGUGCGCUUAGGAAAACAGCCAUGAUUCCAUUCAUCUUCUAA